AUGAACCGAACAACCUUGGUGGCGGAAGGCUUCGAAAAUGCGGUGGAUACACACCAAUUCAAAGACAAGCAGUUGUGUGGCACUCCUGAGUACAUUGCCCCUGAGGUGAUUCUUCGUCAAGGUUACGGUAAGCCCGUCGACUGGUGGGCAUUAGGUGUUAUUUUGUACGAGUUUCUUGUUGGCUGUGUGCCCUUCUUCGGCGAUUCCCCGGAAGAUCUCUUCUCGAAGCGAAUCCACUUUGUACUUUCAGAAGAAGUUGAGUACCCGGACGGCGAUGAGGCUUUGCCUGCUGAAGCUGAGGAUUUGAUAAGACGAUUAUUGGAAAAGAAUCCUGCUGAACGACUUGGAGCGUUGGUUGGUGCGACUCAGCUAAUGGUACAUCCUUUUUUCGCCAAUUUGGAUUUCAACACGCUGCUUCGACAGAAGGCCGAAUUCGUGCCGCAACUAGAGCAUGACGAAGAUACCAUAGCCAGCCUUGUUAAUCGGAUUUGCCCCACUCAGCUCGCUCGGAUCGUUAUAACCACGAUGCCGAGUCUUGUGGUGAAGAAGAAGUGA